AUGCUCUCCUGUGCGGCCGCGUGGUGCUGUGCGCGUUACCACCCGAACCCGUUGUGCUUCCAUUGGGCACACGCACACAACUCCUCAUGCGCGUUGCGUCCUGUCUUGGCCAUCGCAGUUCCCUGUGGUCAGAGGUGCCUGUGCGCUGUUCCUUCGUUCUGCUGCUGCGUUCUUUGUUUUCGCCUCCCCCCAUUCGCUUCUACGGCGUUUUGCUGCCUGACGGUUGCGGAGAUGCGCGUUGAGUGGAGGGAGUUUGCGCAGGCGGCGCGCAGCAUGCAUCAGCAACCCGGUGGCAUCAAGCGCACCCGCCUCAUGCUGCACCUCCGACCCUACAAAACACGUAAGAUAUUCGCGCUGAAGGCGACCGACGGCCGCACCACGCUGACGACGCGUGUGGAGCAUCAGGGCCAGAUUAGGCUGGUCGAGGCCCUCGUGGGAGACUUUGUGUCCGCGUGCACGCGUGUGUCGGUGCCGGCGUCUGUGUCUGCUGCCUCGGCCACCGCGGCGGCCGCGCUCCCCCCCGCCGCGUUGCAUACGGAGAGCGGGGCCGGGGGAAAGGCCGGGCAGGCGAGCUCGCCGCCCCAUCCGCCGCCACCGCCGCGGAGCAGCAACCGGCAGGUGAACAAAGGAAGGAAAGGCAAGCGGCACUAG